GCUCCUAUUUUCAUAGCCUCUGAUAAAUGAACAGAGGGUUAAAACAAACAAGCUGCCACCUCGCCUCCCAUCCUCUUCUCUGUUCCCUUCCUCAUCCUUUCAAUUCUCAUCCCCGACCUCUGUUAUCAUCUCCCGUCUUUCACCUCUCUUCUUGUGCAGAGGUGUACCUGGGACUCAUCACUCUCUCCACGCUGCAGCCUGACAGAACCAAGGCCAGUGGGGCACACACACAAAUAGGUGAUGACAGGCAGUCAUAGGGCUGCUUUAGCACAGCCCAGCCCCGCUCUUCUGUCAACCAGCCUUAAUGCCACAACAACCCCAGAACAUUGGCAAGGAGGCCACGCUCCUACAAAGUUUAUGAAAGAGUUGCACUCCUUGCAAAUGCCAUCAUGGGCUAUUAUAGCUCUAUGUGUUGUGAGUGUGUUUCUGGUGUUGUCAUGCUGUUUGUGUGUGUGGAGGAAAUGUCUGAAAAAGAAAGACAAGGGCACAGACAAGGAGAAGAAGAAGAAGGGCAAGAAUGUGUCCAACGGGGACACUGAGCUGGAGGGAGGUAACUCUGAGCCUCUUAAGGAUGAGAGGGACACAGAGACUAGAUUGACUGGCAGGGAGGAGGAGGAUCCCAAAGAAGACGUGAAACUGGGCAAACUGGAGUUCUCAUUGGACUACAACUUUACAGAGAACACAAUGGUAGUAGGAAUUCUACAGGCCUGUGAUCUCCCAGCCAUGGAUGUGGGUGGGAGUUCAGACCCAUAUGUUAAACUCUACUUGCUGCCAGACAAGAAGAGAAAGUUUGAAACUAAGGUCCACAGGAAGACUCUCAACCCAACCUUCAAUGAGACGUUCACGUUCAAGGUACCGUACAGUGAGCUUGGAGGCAGGACUCUGGUGAUGACGGUGUAUGACUUUGAUCGUUUCUCUAAACACGAUGCUAUUGGAGCACUACGAGUACCAAUGAGCAGCCUGGACUUCAGUCAGAUUACUCAGGAGUGGCGGGAGCUCAAGAAGGCAGAGAAAGAAGAAUCAGAGCGUCUGGGUGAUAUCUGUCUGUCUUUGAGGUAUGUUCCUACAGCAGGGAAACUGAGCAUUGUAGUCCUGGAGGCCAAAAACCUGAAAAAGAUGGAUGUAGGAGGACUGUCAGACCCCUAUGUAAAGAUUCACCUACUGCAGAAUGGAAAGAGACUGAAGAAGAAGAAAACCAGCAUUAAGAAAAACACUCUCAACCCUUACUACAACGAGUCCUUCAGCUUCGAGGUGCCCUUUGAACAGAUACAGAAGGUGCAGGUUGCAGUGACAGUGCUGGACUAUGAUAAGAUUGGCAAGAAUGACGCCAUCGGGAAGGUGUUUCUAGGCGGAACCAGCACCGGCACAGAGCUCCGUCAUUGGUCAGACAUGCUGGCAAACCCCCGCCGGCCCAUUGCACAAUGGCACUGCCUGAAAGCAGAGGAUGAAGUCAACACUGAACUGGCCAUCAGGAAGUAAUGUCACAUCAAUAGGCAGCCUUCAUAUAGACAUAUACUUCCCAAUCCCCAAAUCCCUCCCUAAUGCCUACUUAACCAACUCCCAAACCCCAAAUCUUCACAUACCACCUGAUACCUUUCCAUCUCUCAUGUACCCCCAUGUCCUUAUUCUCCUAGUACUUGAGGACUGCCCACCGCAAAACUAAAACACAAGCCACCUCCCUAUUCCCCCAAUACCCCCUCACUCACGCCUCCUACCCAAAUCUCCUCCUCUACUGUAAAGUAUUAAGGGCAUAUUAACC